AUGAGUUUCUUUCCGUUGGAGGAGGUGAAAUGCGGUCCUUUGAAGCCGAGAAAGUAUCCCGCGACUGUGGUCGGCACACCGAACGCGACUUGGGGCUAUAGACUGCUCGAGAAAUCGAACUGCAAGCUGUUCAAGGUCCCGGAAUCGUUCGAGAGCUUGGACGAAGAGAAGAGGAGAGAGUACGAGCAUCUGACGAAGAUCCUUGAGUUCGAGGGACUCACUAACAGGAGGAUUAAGAAGAAGAAAGUGUGGCAACGGGUUCAGCAAGAUCUGCUAGCCUACCAGGACACGGUGAACGUUCGCCGCCAAAAGCUGCGAGAAGUGCUGUUAAAAGAAGAAGUAAACCUGAUCCGCGAGGUAGUGGACCAAGCUCAGCACGGGGACGACGCCAGGAUGGACGACAUGCGUCGCAGAACGGAAGAAAUUCACAAGGAACGAGAAGAACAGCGUCUCUCCGUGGUAGCAGCGAAAAGAAUGCAACAGUACCUAGCCCAAUACCCGGAAAUCCGUCAAAAAUUAUCGAAAAUAUCCACAGUCGAGGCAAAACAAGGCAACUUAGCCCAGAUGGCAGACAACGAAGCGAAGAGGCAGGCAGAAAGAGAACUAGAUCACUUGUGGCACGAUUUGAUGCUGAAAGAAGUGGAAGCAAAGAAGCAGAGAGAAAUAGAAGAUGCGAAGAGACGUUGCCUGCUCGAGAAGGAUACCGUGGACACUCUGGCGAAGCAGGUAGCAGGAAAAUUGGCUCUGGAAGAGCAGAAAAAGCAGGUGAGGAAGGAGGACGAGAAGUUUUUGGAGGAACUAUGGGAGACACUUCGCGAGGAAGAGUUGAAGAAGCUGGAGGAGGAACGAGAGAACAGAGAAAGAUUGAAGGCUGACUUGCAGGAGCAGAUUUUGCUGGCGAACAGGAGACUCGCCGAGCAGGCUCGUCACGAGAAGGAAAUGGACAGCUUGAGACAGAGUAUAGCUGCCGAGGAACUUGCAAAAGAGCAGAGCAGCAUCAAGGAGACCAGCGCUGCUCUUCGUAAAGAGUUGCUGGCUUAUUUGGGGUAUUUGGAGGAGCUGAGAAGAGAAGAAGCGAGGAGGAACCUGGAGGUGGAUCGAAUAAUUGCGGAAUCGACGAAGGAUGCUGAGGGCAGGCGCGAUCUCGCUGUGCAGAAGUUCAAGGAAGUGAGAAAGAGGAUGGCGGAGGACGUGGUCCAAGGAAGAGAGCAGCAGCUGAGGAUGAAGUGUGAGAGAGAGCGGGAAUUGGCUGCUUACAGUAAAGAGGAGAGGAAGAAUCGGAUGUUGAGUUACAGGAAGGAUUUGGAGGAUCAGUGGAAGCAGGCUGAGGAUGUUCGUCGCAGAGAGGCUGAGAGAGAAGAGGAACGACGUUUGGAAGAGAAGAGACGAGAGGAGGAGUACGAGAAAUUGACGGAGGAAUUGUUGCACGCUUCUGAGGAUAUCACUCCACAUCCGUUUAAGAUUUUGCUGAGAGAAUGCGCUGCUAGGUACGCCGCGGAGAAGGAGGGACUGUGCUAUUGUCCACCUCCUUUGUCUGGGGAUUCUAAUUAG